AUGUUGAACAAAGAGAACCCCAAGGAUGUCAUCCACCUCAAAACCUUUGUCGGUUGCCUUUCCACGGCGGUUCUGUAUCUCCACAAUAACGACACCAUACAUGGGGACCUAAAGUGUAAGAACAUACUGGUCAAGAAUGGAGAGGUCCUACUCUGUGACUUCGGCAUAUCUCGAAAAUUGAUGGAUACCGAGGAGAGCACGCACUUUUUGGGAACUCCGAGAUACUGCGCUCCUGAAGUGGAAGGCGAGGAAGAGCGCAAGCACCCCUCAGACAUCUUCUCAUUGGGCUGCGUCUUCCUAGAGAUGGUAACCGUCAUCCGAGGCUUCACCCUAGCUGCGCUGAACGAGCACUUGAAAGGCAGCGUGGAGGAGAAAAACAACGACAAGAUCGUGUUUCAUAAGGCCUCAUCGCAGGUGGUUUCCUGGCUGAACGAGUUGGAAACUGCUGGUCCUGAUCCAGGGCUCAUUCCUUUGAUCCGCAAUAUGCACUUGUAA